CCUGCUCUUGAGGUUCACAGAUGAUACUUUUGAUCCAGAACUGGCAGCGACGAUAGGUGUUGACUUCAAGGUGAAAACAAUUUCAGUGGAUGGAAAUAAGGCUAAACUUGCAAUAUGGGAUACUGCUGGUCAAGAGAGAUUUCGAACAUUAACUCCUAGCUACUAUAGAGGUGCACAGGGUGUUAUAUUAGUUUAUGAUGUCACAAGAAGAGACACCUUUGUUAAACUGGAUAAUUGGUUAAAUGAAUUGGAAACAUACUGUACAAGAAAUGACAUAGUAAACAUGCUAGUUGGAAAUAAAAUCGAUAAGGAAAAUCGUGAAGUUGAUAGAAACGAAGGCCUGAAAUUUGCUCGAAAGCAUUCCAUGUUAUUUAUAGAGGCAAGUGCGAAAACCUGUGAUGGUGUACAAUGUGCCUUUGAGGAACUUGUUGAAAAGAUCAUUCAGACACCUGGACUGUGGGAAAGUGAGAAUCAGAAUAAAGGAGUCAAACUGUCACACAUGGAAGAAAGCCACGGAGGAGGAGCCUGUGGUGGUUAUUGUUCUGUGUUAUAAACUCUGGGAAGUUCCACCUCUUGCAUAUUUGAUGAGAUAGUGACAUCUUUCUGUAUAUAAACUCUCACUGCUAUUUUAGGGACCUUGCAGUUUGCACAUAAUUGUUUUGUAUCAUGGCAGUAAAUAUUUGCGAGAAAUCCCACUCAUCGGCUUUCCCAGGUAAAAUGGUAUGGUAAGCAUGCAGUUUGUAGUCUACAGUUUUUUUAUGUAACAUAAAAUAGAUGUACCUUUAUGAGUACAUUUGAUUUUAUGAUUUACAUUUAUCAUGUAAUUUUUAAGACACCCAUCUCUCCAGUACAUGUUACUACAAAGUCUGCUUUGGGUCUCUCUUGCUUAAAUACUCCUGUUAAUUACUGACUUACUUGGGUAUGUAGAAUUCCUAGAACCAUUGGGAGGUAAACAGAUACCACCAAACCUGUCAGAUUUCCUUUGAGGAGUAACAAAGACCAUGGCUUCACCACUUUCCUAAGAUGUCUGAGAUUCUCUUUUACUACUAAGCAAAAUCUCAGUACAGACUGUAGCUCAGGCCAAUUCAUAAUUAAAUUUCUAUUUGUUCUGAUGAUGCUUCCAAAAUAGUGUUGGUAUAUUAAAGAAGUUUGAUAUUACUUUUUAACUUAUCUCAUUGACUAGGUUGGUUCUUUGUUAGUUUCAGUCCUGUGAUAAGUGCAUUGGAUUCAUGUUCCUUUGCACAGUGUUUUUAGUUACAUGGUGUUUGGCAGAAUGGCAAUAAGGUUUUUCCUCAUUUUCGUUUCCGGACAUGCAUAGUAUUGAUUAAAACCCCUUUAGUACUUAACCACUUGUAAAACUUAACCUUUUUCAUAAAUGUUGGUUGUAUUUGUCCAGGUACCUUCAUUGUAACUUAUGUAAUGUUUAUGAAUAUCUGUAUCUUGCAGCUUUCGUAAAUGGCUAGUUGAUAUUCAAAAACCUACUUCUGUGUUCUGGGGAGUGGGGAAUAAAACACUAAAUAACAAUUUGAGAAAAGCAUAUUCCUUCCAGAUUCUAACGUGGGAAAAUACUGUUGCAGUGAAAAUGUUGAUAAUUUACUGUAACAGGUAAUCAUUAGUUUCUCAAAACUAACUUGUACACACUAAUAAAUCUUUGCUACAGUAUUGUUUUCUAACUUCUUGCUACUGUACAUGUGUGUUUUUUCACUUCUGUUAUUUAAUGUACUUUGAUCUCUGCUAUUUUAAGUCUACUUGUAAGUAAUUGAUCUUUCAAAGCUGGUCACUAUAAUGCCCUUCAGUAAGAUUCUGAUAUUAAUUUCUUGGCACUUUAUUCUCUGUGUAAUUGGAAAUGAUACACAUUCUUGUGGACCUUUGCAAUAUGUGUGUUAAUGAUUUUACUUUAAAUUGGUUUCUUUAUGAAAUACACAUCUUCACAUAUGAAAACCUCACAUUGUACUUGGUUUACACUUGUUAGCCGACAUUACAUAUGAGUAAAAGUUUUAUCCAUUGUGUAUUAAUUCUGCGUUGUUACUGAAAAGUAGCUGAUUUGUGCUUACAAUUUGCUCCUGUUGCAUUAAACUUCAGAUUUGUGUAUUUAUGUAGACUUGUUUUGACAAAACUUUUCUGUUACUUUCUGCUCCUUUGGUUAUGUGGUAAUCUUUCUGAACAUGGAAUUGUUCUCUUCAUUUGGUACGAUUUCAAUACAUACAGAUCACUUGAAUAUAAUUUUAAGAACUUUGGUUUAUAUUGUAAACUUUUAUAGGUUUUGAAUAAAUAUAGCUUGCUUUCCCUAGAUGCAUUUGUGCAGGGAAGUACUAUACACUUUCCUGUUACUCUCAUCAGCUGAGGAACAUUUGAAUAUAAUGUUACUCAAAUUGUC